GUUUUUUAACAACAAUGUCAAGUAAGUAUAUGUCAAUGUCAUCUCAUCUCAUCUCCUUGUUCCCCAACAAUUCAAGCAUCUCAAAAAAGAUGGGAUUCCCCCAUCAUGGUUAUAGCUGCUGCUCCUAGAUCACUUUCCUCUCUCUCUCUUUCUCUCUUUGUUGUCCUGUUUGGAAGGAGAGAUUGAUCAGGUAGGUAACUUUACUGCUCUAUAAGAAGGGCUUUGUCUGUGCUUUGUUUGAGUAGUGGAAGAACAAAAAAGGAACUAUGGCUAUUUCUGGUAGGACUAAGGAAGAGAACAACACAAUUGGAUUCAAGAAGUCAAAGGGCUUGCUCCUCCCUCAAACUAGCCUUGCCUCUCUUGAAUCCUUAACCAUUCCUCUGGUUCAGGAAGUUGUUCUUUUAGCUGACUUUCAAUGUGAAGAGUGUCAGAAGAGGGUAGCUAACAUCAUUUCCAAGAUGAAUGGGGAAACAGAGUCAGUGGUGGUGAGUGUGUUGGAGAAGAAGAUAACACUCACUGGUAGUUUUGUUAAAGCACAUCCUCCAACUAGCCAAAUUGUUGCUGCAAAUUCCAGGAAGCCCCUCAACAAAGUCGCAAUGAUCACACGCCUCUUUCGCACUUCUCCCAGAUGAUCCUACAUUUCAACAAUGAAAAAAAACAGAAUACAAAAAUAUAUGUUUAUUACGAGGAAAUAAAAAAACAAAAAUACAAAAGAAACAAAACAUUGUAAAUGUCACUCAGUAUUGAUAAAAUUGUAUAUUCCCUUGUCACACUUGGUAUAUCGAGGGCGUUAAUGAUUUUUUUAUUAUUAUAUAUAUUCGGUUAGUAGAUCACUAAGAGGGUUGUUACAAUAAAUAACUCUUCUAUAUAAUUCACUAUCUAAGCUAAAUGCGGUACACACAAAUUAACAGUGGGCAGUGAAUAAUUUUUGUAAUAAAUCUUAGAAAUUUAAAAUAUGUAGAAAAGUGCCUAGAAUUUGAUUUAUUCAUUUCAAAUAUUUGCUACUUCUCUGAUUAUGUAGAAUUAUUGUUCAGCCUAAA